AUGGCUUCGCUCCCAACACUCCCUCCACGUCAGUUCCCUACGACAGGCUUCGUUGAACUAGACUCCUCGGAGAAGUUAGAAGAAGAGGAGCUUCCAUUGUAUGCUCCGGAAAAUUACUAUCCCGUUCAUAUUGGCCAAGUCUUCGAGUCUCGAUACCAGAUCGUCUCGAAGCUUGGGUAUGGGACGUCUUCUACAGCCUGGCUUUGUCGAGAUCUUCAACACAAUGAAUAUUAUACACUCAAGGUAUGUGUUCGCGGGCAACAGCCAGAUCAUGAGAUUACCAUUUCCGAGCACCUGAGGAAUUCCAACAACCAUCCUGGUAAAAAGCUAGUUCGUGUUGUCCUGGACACGUUUGAUGUUGUCGGCCCUCAUGGAAAACACAAGUGCUUGGUUUAUCAACCCCUCGGGAUGAGCUUCACCGGAUUUCAGGGUUUGCUGCCUGAAAACAAGUUCUCCAAGGAUCUUAUCCAAAGGGGCACUCAGCUUCUCUGUAUAGCACUGGCCUUUCUUCAUCAAAACCAUGUCGUUCAUACUGAUGUCUCAUCAAAUAACAUCCUCCAAGGAAUCGAAGACAGCUUUGUCCUCUCCCAAAUUGAAGAAGAGGAGAUGAAGCGCCCAAUUGCUCGAAAGGUUCUGGAUAAUCGCAGCAUUUACUACUCCCAACCAACACCUUUCAGCGCAGGCUUGCCUGUUCUCUGUGACCUUGGCGAGGCUAGAAUCGGGAAUCAAAAGCACAGGGGAGAUGUCAUGCCUGGGAUUUACAGGGCACCGGAAGUAAUCUUGGGCAUGGAGUGGGAUUCUAAGGUCGACGUGUGGUCGAUUGGCGUUAUGGUUUGGGAUUUAGUGCAGAACGGCCACCUCUUCUUCGCAAAGAAAAACCGCAUCCUAGACGACGAGCAGCAUCUGGCAGAAAUGGUAUCCCUCAUGGGACCCCCUCCUCUAGAAUUUCUCAAACGAAGUGAUAAAUGUCUCCAAUACUGGGAUGAGCAAGGUAACUGGAAAGGUUCUAUACCCAUACCCGAACAAUCGCUCGAUAUGAGAGAAGGGCAGUUUUCUGGUCAGGAUAAGGAGCUUUUUCUGGGAUUUUUGAGAAGCAUUCUUCGUUGGAUUCCUGAAGAGCGUUCAACUGCAGAGGAACUUGCGUAUGAUAGCUUUUUUAUGCAGCCGGUGUUGGCUGCUAGGGGUCUUAUUUGA